CAAUCCACAUGUGGACAUUGCUUGCUUGGGUCAGCAGCCUGCCAGGGCACCACAGCCACUCGGGAAGGCAGCUGCACGGGGGGAGUUGGAACCACCAUGAAGUCUCCGCUGAUCCCCUUGAUGUACUUCUGGCUGCAAACCUGGCUGGAAAUCCCUCCGGUCAGAGGCCAGGUAGAGCUGAACCUGGUGCCUGAUGCUGUUGAUGACCAAUAUAUAGGCUGUGCCAAUAAAAUGGAUGGAGUUGUGCCUGGACUGUUAGAGAAAGAAAAGUCCAUGUCCUCGCGGUUUAGCAUGGUGUGGGAAACCUCAGAAGAAAAAUGGCAAGAAGUAAAAACAAAGCUUCCUCUCCCCACGGGCUUUAAGGAUGAGCAUGGAAGAGCCAUAGUAGCCUAUACUGACAAUGCCUUUUACCGUGUCUUUAAUGAUGCAGUAAAAAGUACUGGGACAUCUCGAGAUAACUACAUGACGAGUUUUCAUUUCAAAGCCUUUCAUUAUUAUUUGACAAGAGCCUUACAGCUCUUACGAGGGAAGUGCGAUGAGACGUACAAAAUGGCGGUGUACCGGGGGGUUACAGACAUUAGAUUUCAGCACAAAGGAUCGAGCCCCAUUAGGUUCGGACAAUUUGCCUCUUCAUCAAUUCAGAAACAACGGGCUGAAGGAUUUGGCACAGACACAUUUUUCACCAUCCACACGUGCUUCGGCGUUGACAUCAGGGCCUUCUCACACAGUCCGGAGGAGGAAGAAGUGUUAAUCCCAGUCCAUGAGAUGUUCAGCGUGGUUCCAGAAAAAGGGAGUAAAAUUAACAGCUACGUCCUCCGGAGCACAAACCGGACCUGCAGCUACUUUAACUGCGCGUACCUGGGCAGAAACAAGGACCAAACGUGUGUUUACAACUCUGCUACCAGAGGAGGUGUCGUAUUCCCCGGAGGGAUGAGCCCUUCACUGUUUGGAGGAUCCGUCAUCCUGAUCCACGCUGCUGUUCUGAAGCUGACGGAUGGUUUCUAAAUUUUCCUCUUUCUGUUGCUCAUUUUUUCUUUCUCACACAAAUCACAGGGAUGGGGCUUGCCAGAGCCAAACCAGUCCUGCUCUCCUGCCAGUGUUUGAAAGGGAAAGCGAUGGAGUGUUGCUGGUACCUGCUUUGGCAGCUUUGAUUAUUUACUCUGCAUUAGUAGAUCACAAUGAUGGUUCUAUUCCAAAUAUAAUUUGUAUUACAAUGCUAGAGCUAUAAAUAGGUGCUUGUUGUAUAAAUCAUUGCUUAUAUUCCAGUCAAGCUGGCACUUUUGUACCAGCUUUUGAUGACUUCUGUGAUCAAACAUAUUGUUUUCACACAUGAUGGAUUGUGCUCUCCCUCCCUCCCCCUUAAGAUAAGGUGUGCACGCUGAUGUGAGCUGAGCCAGGAGUCACCCAGCAGGCUCUCACAGCGGACGUUAGACUUUUAAUAGUUGAACUUUCUGUUCCCAACUUCCUUGGGGUGGGUCUGUUGCCCAGGGCGUAAGUUAUGAACCCUGUUUGUCAUGGUCUCCCACCUUAAUGCAAUGUUCCUUCCUUCCUUUUAUUAAAGGU